UGAGUUUUAUGACGGGCCCGGUGCUGAAAGGCAGGGAACAACUAACUGAUGGUGCUACUUUGAACUGCUUUUCCUUGCUCCUUUUUGCACAGAGAGUCUCAUGUCUGAUAUUUAGACAUGAUGAGCUUUGUGCAAAAGGGGAUCUGGCUACUUCUUGCUCUGCUUCAUCCCACAGUUAUUUUGGCCCAGCAGGAAGCUGUUGAUGGAGGAUGCUCCCAUCUCGGUCAGUCCUAUGCAGAUAGAGAUGUCUGGAAGCCAGAACCCUGUCAAAUAUGCGUCUGUGACUCAGGAUCUGUUCUCUGUGAUGACAUAAUAUGUGAUGAACAAGAAUUAGACUGUCCCAACCCCGAGAUUCCAUUUGGAGAAUGUUGUGCAGUUUGCCCUCAGCCUCCAACAGCUCCUACUCGAGUUCCUAAUGGUCAAGGACCGCAAGGCCCCAAGGGAGAUCCUGGUCCUCCUGGCAUUCCUGGGAGAAAUGGUGAUCCUGGCAUUCCAGGACAACCAGGAUCCCCUGGUUCUCCUGGCCCCCCUGGAAUCUGUGAAUCAUGCCCAACCGGUGGCCAGAACUAUUCUCCCCAGUUUGAUUCAUAUGAUGUCAAGUCUGGAGGAGCAGCACUUGGCGGAGGCUACCCGGGGCCUGCUGGUCCUCCUGGCCCUCCUGGUCCCCCUGGUGCAUCUGGUCACCCCGGCUCCCCUGGUUCUCCGGGAUACCAAGGUCCCCCUGGUGAGCCUGGACAAGCUGGUCCUUCAGGUCCUCCAGGACCCCCUGGUGCUAUAGGUCCAUCUGGUCCUGCAGGAAAAGAUGGGGAAUCUGGGAGACCUGGACGCCCUGGAGAACGAGGAAUACCCGGACCCCCAGGUAUCAAAGGUCCAGCAGGCAUUCCUGGAUUCCCUGGUAUGAAAGGACACCGAGGCUUCGAUGGACGAAAUGGAGAAAAGGGAGAGACAGGUGCUCCUGGAUUAAAGGGUGAAAAUGGUCUUCCAGGUGAAAAUGGAUCUCCAGGACCUAUGGGUCCAAGAGGGGCUCCUGGUGAGAGAGGACGACCAGGACUUCCAGGAGCUGCAGGGUCCCGAGGUAAUGAUGGUGCUCGAGGAAGUGAUGGCCAGCCAGGUCCCCCUGGUCCCCCUGGAACUGCAGGAUUCCCUGGUUCUCCUGGUGCUAAGGGUGAAGUCGGACCUGCUGGGUCUCCUGGUUCAAGUGGUUCCCCAGGACAAAGAGGAGAACCUGGACCUCAAGGUCAUGCUGGUGCUCAAGGUCCUCCUGGCCCUCCCGGGAAUAACGGCAGCCCUGGUGGUAAAGGUGAAAUGGGUCCUGCUGGCAUUCCUGGAGCUCCUGGGCUUUUGGGACCCCGAGGUCCACCGGGACCACCCGGGACCAAUGGUGCACCUGGACAGAGAGGUGGUGCAGGUGAGCCUGGUAAGAACGGUGCCAAAGGAGAGCCAGGGCCACGUGGUGAACGCGGUGAAGCUGGUACUCCAGGAGCUGCAGGACCCAAGGGUGAAGAUGGCAAAGAUGGUUCUCCUGGAGAACCUGGCGCAAAUGGAAUUCCAGGAGCUGCAGGAGAAAGGGGUGCACCUGGAUUCCGAGGAGCUCCCGGUGCUAAUGGCCUUCCAGGAGAAAAGGGUCCCGCUGGAGAGCGUGGUGGUGUCGGCCCAGCAGGACCAAGAGGAGCUGCUGGAGAACCCGGCAGAGACGGUCUCCCUGGAGGUCCAGGAAUCAGGGGUAUGCCUGGAAGCCCAGGAGGACCAGGCAAUGAUGGAAAGCCAGGACCUCCAGGAAGUCAAGGAGAAAGUGGUAGACCAGGUCCCCCAGGCCCAUCGGGUCCCAGAGGACAGCCUGGUGUCAUGGGUUUCCCUGGUCCUAAAGGAAAUGAUGGUGCUCCUGGCAAGAAUGGAGAAAGAGGUGGCCCUGGAGGUCCAGGGCCUCAGGGUCCUGCUGGAAAGAAUGGUGAAACUGGACCUCAGGGGCCCCCAGGACCUACUGGACCAGCUGGUGACAAAGGAGAGUCCGGAGCCCCUGGUCUGCCAGGACCACAAGGCUUGCCUGGAACCAACGGUCCUCCUGGAGAAAAUGGAAAGCCUGGUGAACCAGGUCCAAAAGGUGAAGCUGGCACGCCUGGAUCUCCAGGAGGCAAGGGUGAUGCUGGUGCCCCUGGUGAACGUGGGGCUCCCGGAGGAAUGGGACCACCCGGUCUUAGAGGUGGAGCUGGUCCCCCAGGUCCUGAAGGAGGAAAAGGCCCUGCAGGACCCCCUGGCUUACCCGGUAAUGCUGGUCCCCCUGGUCUGCAAGGGAUGCCAGGAGAAAGAGGAGGCCCUGGAGGUCCUGGACCAAAGGGUGAAAAGGGCGAGCCAGGUGGUUCUGGUACUGAUGGUGCCCCUGGAAAAGAUGGCCCCAGGGGUCCUACUGGUCCCAUUGGUCCCCCUGGCCCAGCUGGUCCUCCUGGAGAUAAGGGUGAAGGUGGUGCUCCAGGACUUCCUGGUAUAGCUGGUCCUCGCGGUGGUCCUGGUGAGAGAGGUGAACAUGGGCCUCCAGGACCCGCAGGCUUCCCUGGUGCUCCUGGACAGAAUGGUGAGCCUGGUACCAAGGGAGAAAGAGGCGCUCCUGGGGAGAAGGGUGAAGGAGGAGCUCCUGGAAUAGCAGGCCCCCCUGGCGGUGCUGGGCCAGCGGGUCCUCCUGGUCCCCAAGGUGUAAAGGGUGAACGUGGCAGCCCAGGUGGUCCCGGUGCUGCUGGCUUCCCUGGUGCCCGCGGUCUUCCUGGUCCUCCCGGCAAUAAUGGUAACCCAGGACCGCCAGGCUCCGGAGGUCCGCCAGGCAAAGAUGGGCCCGCAGGACCUCCUGGUAGCAACGGUGCCCCGGGCAGCCCCGGGUCGUCGGGACCCAAGGGCGAUGCUGGUCAACCAGGUGAAAAGGGCUCACCCGGUGCCCAAGGCCCUCCCGGAGCUCCAGGCCCAUCUGGAAUCGUGGGAAUUCCAGGCGCACGGGGUCUCGCUGGAGCGUCGGGCUUGCCGGGUGCCAGGGGAAGUCCGGGUCCACAGGGUGUCAAGGGAGAGCCUGGAAAACCAGGACCUAGUGGUCACAACGGAGAGCGUGGUCCUCCCGGGCCCCAGGGCCUUCCUGGUCUUGCUGGUGCGGCUGGAGAACCUGGCAGAGAUGGAAACCCUGGAUCAGAUGGCCUCCCAGGUCGAGAUGGAUCUCCUGGUGGCAAGGGUGAUCGUGGGGAAAAUGGCUCUCCUGGUGCUCCUGGUGCCCCUGGUCACCCAGGCCCACCUGGGCCUGUUGGUCCUGCUGGGAAGAGUGGAGACAGAGGAGAAACUGGUCCUGCUGGCCCUGCUGGCCUUCCAGGUCCUGCUGGUACCCGCGGUGCCCCUGGUCCCCAAGGUCCACGCGGUGAUAAAGGAGAAACAGGUGAACGUGGUUCUAAUGGCAUCAAAGGACAUCGAGGGUUCCCUGGUAAUCCAGGUGCUCCUGGUUCUCCGGGUCCCGCUGGCCAUCAAGGUGCUAUCGGCAGCCCAGGACCUGCAGGCCCCAGAGGACCUGCUGGACCUGGUGGGCCCCCUGGCAAAGAUGGAACAAGUGGACAUCCAGGCCCCAUUGGUCCACCCGGACCUCGUGGGAACAGAGGAGAAAGAGGAUCUGAGGGCUCCCCUGGACACCCUGGACAGCCUGGCCCUCCCGGACCUCCUGGGGCCCCUGGCCCAUGCUGUGGUGGUGGGGUUUCUGCCAUCUCUGGCAUUGGUAGCGAGAAAGCUGGUUCGUAUUAUGGAGAUGAGCCAACAGAUUUCAAGAUCUACACCGAAGAGAUCAUGAGUUCACUCAAAUCAGUCAACGGACAGAUCGAAAACCUCAUCAGUCCUGAUGGUUCCCGUAAAAACCCAGCCAGGAACUGCCGAGACCUGAAAUUCUGUCAUCCUGAACUCAAGAGUGGAGAAUACUGGAUCGAUCCUAACCAAGGUUGCAAAAUGGAUGCCAUUAAAGUAUUCUGUAACAUGGAGACUGGGGAAACAUGUGUUCACGCCAGUCCUUCAAGCAUUCCACGUAAGAACUGGUGGACCAACUCUGAUGCAGAGAAGAAAUAUGUUUGGUUUGGAGAAACCAUGGAUGGAGGUUUCCAGGUUAGCUAUGGCAAUCUUGAGCUUCCUGAAGAUGUCCUUGAUGUCCAGCUGGCCUUCCUCAGACUCCUUUCUAGCCGGGCUUCCCAGAACAUCACCUAUCACUGCAGGAACAGCAUUGCAUACAUGGAUCACGCCAGUGGGAAUGUGAAAAUGGCUCUGAAGCUUAUGGGAUCAAACGAUGCUGAAUUCAAGGCCGAAGGAAACAGCAAAUUCACAUACACAGUUCUAGAGGAUGGUUGCACUAAACACACAGGAACGUGGGGCAAAACAGUCUUUGAAUACCGAACACGCAAGGCUAUGAGACUACCUAUUAUAGAUAUUGCACCUUAUGAUAUUGGUGGUCCCGAUCAAGAAUUUGGUGUGGACAUUGGCCCUGUUUGCUUUUUAUAAGCCAAACUGUUUGAAAACCCAGCAAAAAAAAAUUCCACACUCCAUAUGUGUUCCUCUUGUUCUAAUCUUAUCAACCAGUACAAGUGACCCACUAAAUUCCAGUUAUUUAUUUCCAAAUUUUUUGGAAAAAGUAUAAUUUGACCAAAAAGGAUACUUUUUGUUUUUUUAUUAUUAUUUUUUUUUUUGCUGUUCCACCAAAUACAGUUCAAAUGCUUUCUGUUCUAUUUUUUUACAAAUUCCAAUUUCAAAAUGUCUCAAUGGUGCUAUAAUAAAUAAACUUCAACACUCUUACAAUCACACUGUGUUACAUUCUUUGAAUUCCUGCCCAUAUGUAAAAAAAUGACUACACUUGUUAAAAAAUCAACUUUCUUUUUGAAAUAGUCAAAAUGAAUUAGGAAAAACAUCCCUGUUUCAACUACCUCAAGCUGACCAGAAACACAGGUAGAUUCUUUUAGUCUCAGAGAAAAGAAAAAUAUUGAUUUGUAUUAAUUGACAAUGCAUGGAUUAAAUUUUAUUAAUUGUUCAAAUAUUGGUAAAAUAAAUCAGAGGAGAGUAUGAGAAUACUACUAAAUAAUCUUCAAGGUCAUAACUAUUUUAAUCCUGGGUAUCAGCUAGUCUGAAAGGUGCUCUCUUUCCUCAUUAUUGCUGUCAAGAUUAUCAAUACUUUGAAGGCCAACACGUGUUAUGGUGCUAAUGGACUUUCAUAGUUAAAACUACAAGUCAGAAUUGCUUCCUCGCAUUCAAAACAGAAACACACCCCCCGCCUGUACAGGCCCCCUGGCAAAAAGUUUUAUUGCCAUUCACUUGAGAGGACUCUCCCCCUUUCUCUUGUAAAAGUCAACAACAACAACAACAAACUGAAAGGCUGCUUUUGUCAGAACAACACAGAGAAGGUGUUGCGAUUUAAUCUGUAAACUUGUAUGUGGUUGUUAGCCCUUUAUUCCUCUAGACACCCAUAAUAAAAUACCAUAACAAAGCA